AUGGUCUUCUUCAAGAGGAAGGAUUCGGACUCCGAGCCCGAGGGAGUCAUCUAUCCCACCCACGAGAUUGCUAUCCGGAGCCCAGAGAUCACCGAGAAGGGCACCAACGCGAAUGACAGUAUUCAGGCCCAACAGCAGAGCAGCGGCGCCGCCGAAGAUGCCGCAAAGAUCCCUCAAAACUUCCAGGCCGGUGUCCAGCGUAUCGAGGCCGCCGCCAGUGUCUGGAGCAAGAAGGAGAUGGUUGCCGCCUAUGCCUGCAUCUGGCUGAUCUACUUCAUCACCUCGACCGAGGAGGUCGUCGUCCGCACCCUUACGCCCUUCGUCACCAGCGCUUUCCAGUUCCACUCCCUGACUCCCACCGUCGGUGUCAUGGCCAGCAUCUUUGGCGGUCUCUCCAAGCUUCCGCUCGCCAAGAUCCUCGAUACGUGGGGUCGUCCUCAGGGCCUGGCACUAUCCUGCUUCAUCUGGACCAUUGGCUUCAUCAUGAUGGCUGCUUGCAAGAACGUCGAGACUUACGCCGCUGCCCAGGUCUUCUCCACAGUUGGUGCCCAAGCUGUCAGUUGGUGCAUGACCGUCUUCAUUGCCGACACUUCUUCCCUGCGCAACCGAGGUCUGAUGCUUUCCUUUGCAACAUCUCCCUACAUCGUCACCACUUGGAUCGGUGGGCCGAUGGCUGACGCCAUCUUGGCUGGUCCUGGCUGGCGCUGGGGCUUCGGAAUCUUCGCCAUCAUCAUUCCCGUAGUUGUGGCUCCCCUGGUGGCCGUGCUCUGGUACAACCAGUACAAGGCCGUCAAGCGGGGUAUCGUCAAAGAGCACCAGCGUGAGAUCACCCUGGAGAAGGUCAAGAAGUACUGCAUCGAGAUCGACCUCUUCGGAAUAAUCCUGCUGGCUGGAGGUAUGGCUCUGUUCCUGCUGCCAUUCAACAUCUGGUCGUUCCAGGCCCAGCAGUGGAGGGCGCCCAUCAUCAUCGCCUUCAUCAUCGUCGGCUUCUUCCUGCUGGUCGCCUUCGUCCUCUACGAGAAGUACUUCGCGCCGGUCAACUUCAUCCCUGUCAGCCUGCUUGCCGACCGCAGCGUCUUCUUCGCCGGCAUCAUGCUCUUCUUCCUAUUCUUCAACUCGAUGGUCUGGGGCAGCUACUUCACCUCCAUGUUGAUGGUCGUCUGGAACCAGAGCGUCACCACGACCACGUACAUCUCCAACAUCUACCGCGUCGGCUCCUGCUUCGCCGCGCUCCUCAUCGGCUACUUCAUCCGCCUGACCGGCCGCUUCAAGUGGGUCGCCUGCUUCUACGGCAUGCCGCUCAUGAUCCUCGGCGUCGGCCUCCUGCUCAAGUUCAUCCACGCCGAUGACAACGUCGGCUACGUCAUCAUGACCCAGAUCUUCGUCGCCUUCGCCGGCGGCCCGCUCGUCAUCGCCGCCGAGAUGUCCAUGAUGUCGCCCUCGAGCCACCAGCACAUCGCCGUCAUCCUCGCCAUCCUCGACCUCUUUGGCAGCGUCGGCACCGCCGUCGGCUCGACCGUGGCCGCCGCCAUCUGGACGGGCACCUUCAAGGACGCCCUGCGCAAGUACCUGCCCGCCACGGCUCCGAUCGACCAGAUCUUCAAGAGCCUCUACAUCCAGCUCGCGUACCCGGCGGGCAGCCCCAAUCGUAUCGGCAUCGCCAAGGCCUACUCCGACUCGCAGCGGUACAUGCUCAUCACCAGUGUGUGUGCUCUGGUCGCCGGCUGGGCGUGCACCUUCAUCUGGCGCGACAUCAAGCUCAAGAACCUCAAGCAGAACAGAGGUCUCGUGGUCUAA